CCGGAGCUCCGACAGGCCAAUCGGCAAGCCAUGGAAAGCCCCUCUAGACUCUACUGAACACGCUUCACUAUCUUCCAUUUGCAAUCGUGUAGACUUGGCUGCGUUACGACAAGACUGUCUUAUCGAAUUCGGCGUUGGACAUGCAUAUAUGUCUGCCUUCGUCUUCGUUACUGAAUGCACUCCACACUCGCAUUGACCGUAAGCGAGGAUCAGCACGUUGAUCAAGAUGUCGCGUUACUUGAAGCAGGCUGGGAAGGUAUUCGGUUCUCCUAGCGCACCCAAGCAGUCUAUGCAGAGAUCCAAAGAUGAUGGUUCGAAAGUGCGACACAAUGCGGAUUUACUCCCAAGUCCGCCAGCGGAUCGAAAAUGGGGAUGGGAGCACUACUUCGCUUACUACUUGACUGUAACGUUCAGUCCAAGUAGCUAUAACCUUGGUGCCUCUCUUAUCUCCAUUGGGCUUCUGUGGUGGCAUGGCAUGAUUGCCGCGGUCAUCGGAUCUGCUAUCUGCACUGCGAUGGUCCUGCUCAACAGUAGAGGCGCAGUCAAAUACUUCGUCGGCUUUCCAGUCUACGUUCGUGCUGCAGCAGGUGUAAGAGGAGCCAGUUUGUACAUCCUGGUCCGUGCCGUGGUUGCUAUCAUAUAUUUUGCGGUCCAGACAUACUAUGGAGGCCGCAUCACAUCAGUGUUCAUGCGAGGUAUCUUCGGCAAUGGUUACAAGAACAUACCAAACCAUCUUCCAGCAAGCGCCGGUAUCACUUCAAGGGACUUGCUCAGCUUCUUCCUCUUCUGGAUUGUACAAAUGCCCGUAAUGUUCAUCCAUCCAAGGGUUCUGCGCCACCUGCUCGUAGUCAAAGCAGUGUAUACUACAACUGCUUUGUUCGGCGUCCUUGGAUGGGCAAUCAGUGCUAAUGGUGGAAAGAUUGGCAGUUUUAGCUACACCACGAAGCAAGCUCAGCUGUCAGGAUCAGACCUGGUUUGGCCUAUGAUUCAAGCGAUUAACUCUGUCAUGGGUGCACUUGCCCCAGUACUCAUCAAUCAGCCUGACAUCGCGCGAUACGGCAAGUCUUAUAACGAUGUUACAUGGAGCCAGGGGACCGGCAUCUUAGUAGGCAAGGUCGUGGUCAUGUUCUUAGGCACUGCCACAACUGCCGCAGCCACCAACGUACUAGGAAAGAGUUACUGGAACGUGUGGGACCUAUAUGACGCCAUCCUUGACCAUUACUGGUCACCAGGAGCACGCGCUGGCAUGGUCUUUGCGUCUUUCGGCAUGAUGCUGGCCGUUCUCAUCACAAACGCUGGCAGCAACUCCCUGCCCGUGGGUGCCGAUCUCACUGGCAUUUUCCCACGUUGGCUCACGAUUGUUCGAGGACAAGUCAUCUGCGCCGUGCUAGCGCCUCUGCUUGUUCCAUGGAAGAUCAUCGCAUCCGCAAGCUCCUUCCUCACCUUCCUCGGAUCCUACACCGUUUUCCUGAUGCCAAUCUGCGCAUGCAUGGUUGUAGACUACUGGCUCGUUCGCAAGGGCAACUUCCACGUCCCGUCUCUGUACGUACUCACACCUGAGAGCCCUUACACAUACUACAAAGGCUGGAACUUGAGGAUGCUCGCCGCAUGGCUGGCUGGUGUUGCUUUCACUGUCCACGGUGUGGCUGGCUCGCUGGACCCGGAUGCAGUUGCUGUCGCCAGCAAGAACAUGUACAAGCUUGGGUUCUUGCUGUCAUUCUUCAUGGGCGGAGUAGUAUACUAUGUUUUGUGUUUGAUCUGGCCUGUGCCAAUUUUGCCUACAGGUGCGGAGCAGUCAUUGGCUUUCGAGCAAAUGGCGGCGAACGAAGGUUUCUUCGAACACGAAGACCUCAGCGCCAUUACCGGGGUUCUGGAUGGAGAAGAGAUCGGCACUGAACAUUAUGUAGCGGAGGGCAAGGAAAAUAAGGUCUAGGCCAAGUGGCACGUCUAGGCACAUGCUUGAGAUCCAACUCAUUCCCUUCGUAGCCAAUAAACUACAUGAAUUUAAC